ACAGCCCAGGUGUUCUAUCAUUUCAUCCUACCCAUCGAGUGGUCCUACCGAGGCUUACUGCGCAUGCGCACAUCAUUUUUACGUCAAAUGACGAUGGUUUUCGGGUACGCCCAUAAUUUUAUCCUACCUGGAUAUAAGUACGCCAUGGAAAAGAAGUGGGAAACAGUAUACAAUCUUCUGUCUUCGGGAUCAUACCCAUCAGACUUUGACAAAUCACAGCGGCAGAACCUUCUGAGAUAUGACUCCAAUUUUCAGAUAAAGGAUGGAGAUCUGUUUUUUGGGAAUCAAAGAAGGGUUAUUAAAACCAAAGAAGAAGCCAUGUUGCUGUUCCAGGAGUUUCAUUCCUCUCCCAUGGGUGGACAUUCAGGAAUCUUAAAAACACGGACAGCCAUGUGUUCCAGAUUUUACUGGCAUGGAAUGUCAAUCGACAUUGACAACUGGGUACUGGAAUGUGAUAAAUGCCAGAAAAUUGGAAAGCCUUUGACCGCUGCACAACCACUACAGUGCAUUAAGGUGUCUGCGGUCUGGGAGCUCAUUGGGAUAGACCUAACAGGACCAUUACCAAAAACUUCAGAUGGCUUUCAAUACAUUUUGACAGUUACAGAUUAUUUCUCAAAAUGGGUAGAGGCCUUUCCUUUGAAAACUAAAUCUGCAGCUGAAGUGGGUAGAAAUCUUUGUUCUAUCAUUUAUAGACAUGGCUGUCCAAAGCGCAUCCUUUCAGAUCAGGGACGGGAAUUUGUUAAUGAUGUAAGCGUAAUCAUUAAACUGGAAAACUUUUGAGCCCUCUGUUUAUUAGGAUUCAUAGUUGCUGUCUUGACACUAUGCUUGUGAUGAUUGUGUAUUUAUUUUGCAUGCAAAUUGAAUGUUUUUAUAAAUAUAUUUGAUUACAAUAAUCAUAUCUUUUUAAAGCUUAACCAUAGGCUUUGUGAAUUGCUACACAUCCAAAGGAGCGUAACAGCAGCCUAUCAUCCACAAACAAAUGGCCUGGAUGAGAAGACUAAUGACAAUAUAAAAAGAGCCCUUAAAAAAUUGGUCAAUGACCAGCAAAACGAUUGGAAUGUCUAUCUGGAUGCCACCCUGUUUUCAUUGCGGUCUAAAGUGCACACUACCACAAAAUUCUCCCCGUUUCUUUUGAUGUAUGGGAGGGAGGCAGUGUUCCCUUCAGAGGUUCCUGUUGAAGUGCCAGUAAGUAUGUUUUUGUCUUUACAAUUGUAAUAAAAUUAUGACUCUCUAUUAGUUUCUCAGAUGACAGUCUUGGAAGUCUGUUGAUAAUUUUCUUCUUACCAUCAUAAUCCUAAAUAACAUGUAACAGUGUUGAGGUCUGGACUCUGGAGUGGUGAGUACAUUAUACUGAGAACACCAGAACCUUCCUACCUUCCUUGUUUUGUGUCUGUAUCUUCCUUUCUCAUUGAGGGCUUUAUGACUGAAACACAUCCUUCUAGACCCAUAACAUUCAGCUGUCUUUUCACAGAGGAAGGAUGAACAAAAACACCUGAAACUGGGGCUUGUCUGUCUCUCUCUCUCUCUCUCUCUCUGUCUCUCUCUCUCUCUCUCUGUCUCUCUCUCUCUCUCUCUGCUCAAACUAAUGUUUAACUGAUGCAGGCAGUUUGGAUAAGGCAGUUUACUCUGGUCUACUGUAUUCACUAAUUGGGGUAACAUUUGCUGACUGUUUUUCAAUUUAGCUUUCCAAGAUUAUUCUCCCUGAAGGAGGAUACAGCGAGUUUCUUGAUUCAAAACAAAAAACAUCGGAAGCUGUUAAAAAAACAGCAGAAGAUAACAUACGUAAGUCUCAAGAAAAACAAAAAGAAGCAUAUGCCAGAAAAGUGCAGAAGAAAUACCAAAAUGUUGAGUAUAAUGAUGGGGAUGAAGUACUUCUACUGAAUAUGAGGAAGCGAGGAAGGAAAGGCGGAAGAAUAGAACCGGAUUUCUCUGGUCCAUAUGUUAUCCAGUCAGUCCGUGGCAAACUUGUCACAUUAAAAAAACCCUGAAGGAGCCAUCCUGAAAAACAAAUACAACAUUGGCCAUCUAAAACCAUAUAGAAGAAGCCAGGCAGCCGACAGUAGCAGCAGCAUCUUCUCUCCUUGUCCUCAGCAGUCUUCUUCCAAGAAGAAGAGUUCAGAAGAGUACACAGACCCAAAUGUACAACGGUGCUCAGUUAUACGUUUAGCUUCAAAACAAGCUGAUGUCAAAAAACAUGUGCAAACAACCACAGUAACUGAAAAGCCUGCAACAAAGAGCUCAUCAAACACUGAAACAACUUCAGUAACUGAAAAGCCUGCAAUGAAGAGCUCAUCAAACACUGAAAGAAGCAUUCAAGAAGAAGGUGGCAUAGUUACAAAGUUCAGAUUUUGACCUGUUGGUCCGUUUGUUACCAGUUUGGUCUAACCCAGAACAUUUUUGUUCAUGGAGGUUUGCCCAUGAUAAACUGUUUUCUUCUUCUUCUUCUUCUUUCUAUAAGCCCCCUGGCUGUGUUUGAACUGUUGGUCUUAAUCUUGCCAUUUCACAUUUUAGGGUGGACAAAAUAACCUAUGAAAAUGCAAGGUAUUUGAUGUAUCGAAGGAAUUCUUCUCCAGCCCCUAGUAAUGAGACUCUGGUCUUCAAAGGACAACAAUCAGGUGGAAGCAGUUGCCGGGCCAUACAAAUUGUAUGAUUCUUCUUUUAGAACACUGCAAGGGACCGAAUGGGUCGCUGAUGAAGUGAUUGAUGCAUACCUGAACCAUCUGAUUGAACAACAUAAGACGCCUGUAUAUCAGCUGUGUGCAGUGGUUGCUUCUUCUUUAGCUGCUGGACAGUUUCGAUGUCUCAGAAAGAUGAAGUUCCCAGUUGAGGACACAUGGCUGUGCCCUGUCAAUACCGGAGGACAUUGGAUUCUUGUGAUUGUCAGCAUGUCAAGAAAGAUCCUCUCCAUCAUUGACCCCAUGGGAAAUGAGGGAUUAUAUGAGAGAAAGAUUUUGCGGAACUGGAGGAAUUUUUUAAAGAUGAUUGGACACCAAGAUCACAGCGCUGAAUGGCGAACAACAGUAUUGAAACACAACCCACAGCAAGAUGCGAGCAGCUGUGGCGUUUUAGUGCUAAAGUUCGCAGAAGAUUUUCUUUCUACUGGAGCUAUCGACAAUGUGCAGACAACACAAGCAGCUAUUAGCACCGCCCGAAUGGGGAUAGCCUGUUCAUUGCUUGAACGUAAAGGCAAUGCAGAGGACUACUGCACAGUUUGCUCUAUGCUGGAAGGGGAUGGAGACAAGAGCAUGACUGAAAUGGUGCAGUGUGAUGUGUGCAGUCGCUGGGCACAUUUUGAAUGUGUCCAAUAUAGUAAAGAGAUUUCCGCCAACUACCACUGUAGAAAGUGUACAGUUAACAAAUAACCUGAAUGUAUUUUUUCCUGGAUUAAGCUGCACUUUGCACUGUUUGUUUUAAAAUGUAAAAUCUAAGUACACUGUAUAAUAUGUUUAUAAAAAUGUGUGUUAUUGGAUUACAAUGCAAUGUUCAACUUAAUUAGUAAAAGUAUUAGCAAACCAUGAGAAAAAAAAACUUUGGGGAUUCAGUAAAAUCACAGUGAACCUUAAUCAACUCCCA